CAGAUGUAGCUGCAGCUCUGAGGGAGACCGAGAAGCAGGGAGGGAAGAAGAGUUUGGACGCACUGCGGAGGGGAGUGCAGCCAUGGGGAACGCGCAGGAGAAACCCUCCGGCAGCGGCGGAGGAGGAGGAGGGACGCCGAGGCGGGACAACCCGCGGACUCACGGAGCGACGGGAAAGGAGGUCGCCAACGGCGCUCCGAGAGAAAACAGCCCGGCAGGUGGGGAAGAGGAGCCGGAGCAGCAGCCGGGCAGUUCCGGGGUGGAUAGGAGUUACCUGGAUGCUCCGGCCGGAGCUUUGCCUCCUCACCUGGCCCGGCUGAAGAAUGAGGGGAACUACCUCUUUAAAAACGGCCAGUUUGGAGACGCGCUGGAGAAGUACACCCAGGCUAUAGAUGGAUGCUCUGAGGCAGGCAUUGACAGUCCAGAAGAUCUGAGUAUCCUCUACUCCAACAGAGCUGCCUGCCACCUGAAGGACGGAAACAGCAGCGACUGCAUUCAAGACUGCAACAAGGCCUUAGAGCUGCAGCCCUUCUCCUUGAAGCCGCUGCUGCGCAGAGCCAUGGCCCAUGAGUCACUGGAGCGCUACAGGAAGGCCUACGCGGAUUACAAGACGGUGCUGCAGAUCGACACCGGCGUGCAGGCGGCUCAUGACAGCGUCCACAGGAUCACGAAGGUGCUGAUCGAGCAGGACGGGCCUGAAUGGAGAGAAAAGCUUCCAGAGAUUCCUGUCGUCCCGCUGGCCGUCCAGCAGCAGCACAGAGAGAAACCAGUCAGCGUCGAGGUGGCGCAGGUGCGAGCCGCCAGGGCCGCGCAGGAGGAAGCCAGAAGAAAAGAGGCUCGCUUUACUUUACUCAAACACGAAGGCAACAGCCUGGUGAAGAAGGGCCUCUUCCAGGAGGCUCUGGAGAAAUACACAGAGUGUCUCUCAGUGAAACCUGAUGAAUGUGCUGUUUACACAAACAGAGCCAUUUGUUUCCUGAAGCUGAAUCGGUACGAAGAGGCCAAACAGGACUGCGACUCGGCGCUGCAGCUGGAUCCAGCCAAUAAGAAGGCCUUCUACAGACGGGCAAUGGCCUUUAAGGGACUACAGGAUUACCUGUCGGCCAGCAGCGACCUGCAGGAGGUCCUCCAGCUGGACCCCAAAGUCCACGAGGCCGAGCAGGAGCUGGAGGAGGUGACGAGUCUGCUGAGGCAAAGCUUGAUAAACAGAGCUGAUCACACAUGAGGUAGAAGAGCAGAGCUAAAUUUAACGGCACUAACGCAGCACCACAUCUUCAGAGAAGGCUGUGUGUAAUGGAUAGAAAUCUUGCACAUUAUACAACACGACAAAAAAAUCUUAAGAUUUGAUGAAUUCCUGCAGGCGUUGGCGACGGAGGCAUGUUGAAAGUUACCUCGAUUUCUCUGUUUUCUGAUUUGUGACAAAUCCCAGCUUGGAUGAACUGAUUUCAACUCAACAUUUCAUUAAAAUGAGCAGUAAAUUUAUGUUCUCAUUGCUGACAUGAUAAAAGAAAGAUUCACUGCUCAAUACAGAUAAACUUUUAGUGAGGCAAGUUCUGACUAUCUUUAAGAUCAUGUUUAUUUCCCAAAAUUACUUCUAUUUGCUGAAUGCCAGAAUACCCAAAGCUACUUUAACUUGAGUUUACAUACAUACACUUCCUUGUAUUUGCUAAAAUGACUCCUUACUGUAGUUGGGUGCCCCUUUACAAGCUUCUCUCAAUGGUUUUGGGACAUUUUGGCCCAGUCCUCCUGACAGAACCGGUGUAACCGGAGUCAGGUUUGUAGGUCGUCUUGUCCCUUCCUUACUCAGAUUUUCUGCUCUAUUCACAAAGUUUGCAUGAGUCUGACACCAGAGCUUUGUGGUGAUUCCUUCACAAUGUUGACUUUGUUGUCCUUAAGCCACUUUCUAACCAACUUCACUGCAUGAUUUGGGUCAGAAGUUUGGACUGAUUUAACUAUUAAAUUGUGCAGUCUUUCAAAAAGACUCUGUUGCAAAGCGACCUAAAGUUUUAACUUUCAAGCAGAUGUUUUGAGAUGUUGGUUUGAUGUUUCAACAUGAUUUGUGACGUGCAAAACAGCAUAAAUCGAUAUUGUUAUCCCAAACUUAACAUUUGGAACGGUUUUCUCAUGCUCGUUUCCAAAAAAUAAUCUGGUUCCUAUAUCUUGGUUUUGGAGAAAUGGCUUCUUCUUUCAUUUCAAAUCAGUAAAGUUGCAAUUUCACUGGGGAAACCAACAACCUAUAAGACAUUUUGGUUUUGUUUUGGGUCAAUUUAUUCAUCUCUGCGACACAGAACUCGUCUCCUUCCUGAGCUGUAUGGUCACUCAAUGUUUCUAUUGCAUUUGCACAUAUAAUUUAUAACAUCUAGAACAAAAAGACUCAGAAGAUUCCUUUUUGAAAAGUCCUAGUCUGUCAUAGAAACUUAUAUUUAUGUUGCUAAAAUGGGAACGUAAACCUCCUGGUUCUAAUGUGAUUUGUAUUUCAUCAUAGAGAAUUUAUUUCCUAGCUCUGGCAAUUAAAUGCUUCAUUGUAAACUUCUUUGUAUGAAGAAAGUAUUACAAAACAAUCUAAAAGUGUCUCAUCUUCUGGCAUUUAGUGAGUAAAACUAAUUUUAAUAUACCAAAUUCCCUAAAAUGUUAAAAGUUUGGACUGAUUUAAUUACACUGACAAAUUCAAGUCAAUUAUGUACAUUGCAGUUCAAUUCUAACUAUUAAAUUGUGCAGUUUAUUAGCUCAGUUUAUUAUUCAAACCGGUAAAGUUUUCUAUUCAGCGAAAGUUGAAAUACAGCAAAUGAUGCAAAAUUGGAGAGUAGUAGGAAAAUGUUGCGGUGAGUGAAAAUGGUCUGUUUGUCCUCCAGCAGCCUAAAGCUUCAAGCAGCAAAACUACAGCUAGCUCAGGAUAACUGUAAGCUUUAUCAAAAGCUUUAAGCCUCGUCUUAAAAGAAGACGUGGCGUCUUCCUCAUACUUUUUAAAACUCCAGGAAACCUGCAAAAACCCCCUGAAGAGAUCUCUGAUCCACAAUGUAGCUUGAUCAUUUGCAGCUUCAUUUGUGACAAAUCCCAGCUUGGAAGUCAGCUUUCGUUUGGUUCUGUGAGAAAGAGCAGCCAUGUUUCAGCGCAAAAACAAAAAUAAAAAAGGAAAACGACAAACGUUUACCCGGGACUGGAGCUCUGUGAACAACCAUCUGCACUGUGCGCUGGGCUCGCCGCAGCUGCUCCAGUCUGCUUACAUAACAGGAUGCUCCAUUUGCAAAGGCUAAUGUCAAGGUACAUGUGAGCUGCCGGCGCUAUUAAUCCUCCCCAUUGUGAUGUAAUAUAUUGUAAAUAGAGGUACUCUUGACACGGUGCAGUGUUCUGUCGUGUGCGGAUGAAAUGAGGAGAGACAGAGUGGAUAAUAAUGUGUGCCUUAUUGAGAUUUCUACCAAGCUUAGGAUGAAAUAUGCCAAGAUUAAAACUUUUAGGUUGGUUUGUUUUUAAAGAUAUUUGCUUCAAAGCUGAGCUGGGAAUGAAAAAAAAAAACAUAGGAGGGAAUCUAAUAUAUGUGUUUAUGUUGGAGUUGCAGAUUAUUUGUGGCACAGUAAAAAAACUGAAGAUAUAAACAACUUCAUUUAAUUCAGUAAAGAUUUUACAGCAGAAACAAAACAAUUGUCUUUUUUUUUCUUUGUGAUAUUUGUUUUACAAGUUAACUUCUUGAUUGUGUUAAAGUUUUCUUUUACUAUAUGGACUUUUGGAUCAUGCUUUGGCUUGAGGGUCAGUAGACAGUUGUUUUUAUUAAUGUGUAACUUACCUUUACGCCUUGCUCCUGAUCAAAAUCAUUUUAAUAAAAAAAUUAGACAGGAAUUUCUGAAAACAUAAUAAAACAGUUUUUUCCAUUUGCAUGUUGAAAAUAAUUUAUAUCUUCCUCAGUAAUCAGUGAGGACAUUCGUACUUAGACGCAGGAAGGCCUGGUUGUCAUCACCCUAAUCUUUACCUCCACCGUUUGGAUUCAAAUCCAGACUCUGAGCCACACCAAAGCGCUAAUAUUAUUUCCAGUCAGGAAACAAGGUUGGUAAAAAUCUAACAUUACUUUAAACCAACAAUCUGCCAGGAGUACGAAGGCUGUAAUUUUGGGAUUACCCCUCGGAUCAGGGCAGUGAAACUGCACUGGUUUACACAUUUACUCCAUGACUCAAAAAUAGUCAUCAAACCUCCUGAGGUUUGAUGACUGCACAGACGCCAUGAUGUUGUGCUAUUAGAAAACCCUGAGAUUCUAAGAAGAUGAAGUGUCUUCACAACCAUAUUGACUCAUAGUGGGAUGACCACAGACGUGUACGAAAAGGCAAACAGAUCAGAAUAUGAAUAUAUAAAUUAACUUUAAUGCCGUUCUGGUAACCGUUUUACCCAGUCAGAGUCACUUUUAGAUACUAUUUAAGUCAUUUAAUAAGAGCAGUGACAUCAUUUUUUCCUAAAUUUGAGAAUCCAAGUUAAAAAUGGCCACCUUAAUUCUUUAAAAGUUUCCAUUGUCAACUAUUCAAACGAUGCUUUUGGACAUACUUUAACAAAUCUCACUGCUUUUAAAGAAAAUAUUAUUUUUGUUUAUGAAGAUACAAAUUUCAACACCAAUUGAGCCAUUUUCUUGCAUUUCAACAUAGAAGUACAUUAUUGCCACAAAAGAUAGUUUGAAUAAUCUACAAAAAUCUUUGACUUUGUCUACAGAAAAUGCUCUAAAAACUAUUCUUAGUAUUGAAACAGACUAAAAAAAUUCUAACUGAAAGUAAAACCUUUUAAAAAUAUUCUCACUUCCUACUUUAAACAGGAGGGUUUUUGAAUCGUGUCACUACAAGAAUACAUAUAACUACACAA